AGGGAAGUCGGAGGCGGAAAACUAAGAGGGGUGGGCAGCUAGCGUCGUUUCUAGGCAACCGCAGACUCCGGGUCCUUAGCCGGGCCUGAUGGCCCUGAGGCAGUUCGGUUGUGUCCCAGGAAGUGCCCAUGCGUGGUCCGCCGUCCCUUCCACACCUCUGAGCGCCUUUGUCCUCUGAACUUCUCACCAGUUCUAGCGAGUAAAAUUGCGUCCCAGAUGUUGUGGAACUGUCCCUGGAUCUAUAGCUCUUCACCGUCUCUACUUUCUUCUAAGAGAUCCUGAAACCUCUGUCAUGGAAAAGUACCACGUGUUGGAGAUGAUUGGAGAAGGCUCUUUUGGGAGGGUGUACAAGGGUCGAAGAAAAUACAGUGCUCAGGUCGUGGCCCUCAAGUUCAUCCCAAAAUUGGGGCGCUCAGAGAAGGAGCUGAGGAAUUUGCAACGAGAGAUUGAAAUAAUGCGGGGUCUGCGGCAUCCUAACAUUGUGCAUAUGCUUGACAGCUUUGAAACUGAUAAAGAGGUGGUGGUGGUGACAGACUAUGCUGAGGGAGAGCUCUUUCAGAUCCUAGAAGAUGACGGAAAACUUCCUGAAGACCAGGUUCAGGCCAUUGCUGCCCAGUUGGUGUCAGCCCUGUACUAUCUGCAUUCCCACCGCAUCCUACACCGAGACAUGAAGCCUCAGAACAUCCUCCUCGCCAAGGGUGGUGGCAUCAAGCUCUGUGACUUUGGAUUUGCCCGGGCUAUGAGCACCAAUACAAUGGUGCUGACGUCCAUCAAAGGUACACCACUCUAUAUGUCUCCAGAGCUGGUGGAGGAGCGACCAUACGACCACACAGCGGACCUCUGGUCUGUUGGCUGCAUACUGUAUGAACUGGCAGUAGGCACCCCUCCCUUCUAUGCUACAAGCAUCUUUCAGCUGGUUAGCCUCAUUCUCAAGGACCCUGUGCGCUGGCCCUCAACCAUCAGUCCCUGCUUUAAGAACUUCCUGCAGGGACUGCUCACCAAAGACCCACGGCAGCGACUGUCCUGGCCAGACCUCUUAUAUCACCCCUUUAUUGCUGGUCGUGUCACCAUAAUAACUGAGCCAGCAGGCCCAGAUUUGGGGACCCCAUUCACCAGCCGCCUACCCCCAGAACUUCAGGUCCUAAAGGACGAACAGGCCCAUCGGUUGGCCCCCAAGGGUAAUCAGUCUCGCAUCUUGACUCAGGCCUAUAAACGCAUGGCUGAGGAGGCCAUACAGAAGAAACAUCAGAACACAGGACCUGCCCUUGAGCAAGAGGACAAGACCAGCAAGGUGGCUCCUGGCACAGCCCCUCUGCCCAGACUCGGGGCCACUCCUCAGGAAUCAAGCCUCCUGGCUGGGAUCUUAGCCUCAGAAUUGAAGAGCAGCUGGGCUGAGUCAGGGACUGGAGAGGUGCCCUCUGCACCUCGGGAAAACCGGACCACCCCAGAUUGUGAACGAGCAUUCCCAGAGGAGAGGCCAGAGGUGCUGGGCCAGCAGAGCACUGAUGUAGUGGACCUGGAAAAUGAGGAGCCAGACAGUGACAAUGAGUGGCAGCACCUGCUAGAGACCACUGAGCCUGUGCCUAUUCAACUGAAAGCUCCUCUCACCUUGCUGUGUAAUCCUGACUUCUGCCAGCGCAUCCAGAGUCAGCUGCAUGAAGCUGGAGGGCAGAUCCUGAAAGGCAUCUUGGAGGGUGCUUCCCACAUCCUGCCUGCAUUCCGGGUCCUGAGCAGUCUUCUCUCCAGCUGCAGUGACUCUGUUGCCUUGUAUUCCUUCUGCCGGGAGGCAGGGCUUCCUGGGCUGCUGCUGAGUCUACUCAGGCACAGUCAGGAGAGCAACAGCCUCCAGCAGCAAUCUUGGUAUGGGACCUUCUUACAGGACCUGAUGGCUGUGAUUCAGGCCUACUUUGCCUGUACCUUCAAUCUGGAGAGGAGCCAGACAAGUGACAGCCUGCAGGUGUUUCAGGAGGCUGCCAACCUUUUUCUGGAUCUGUUGGGGAAACUGCUGGCCCAACCAGAUGACUCUGAGCAGACUUUGCGGAGGGACAGCCUCAUGUGCUUUACUGUCCUGUGCGAAGCCAUGGAUGGGAACAGCCGGGCCAUCUCCAAAGCCUUUUACUCCAGCUUGCUGACGACACAGCAGGUUGUCUUGGAUGGGCUCCUUCAUGGCUUGACAGUUCCACAGCUCCCUGUCCACACUCCCCCAGGAGCCCCGCAAGUGAGCCAGCCACUGCGAGAGCAGAGUGAGGAUAUACCUGGAGCCAUUUCCUCUGCCCUGGCAGCCAUAUGCACUGCUCCUGUGGGACUGCCCGACUGCUGGGACGCCAAGGAGCAGGUCUGUUGGCAUUUGGCAAAUCAGCUAACUGAAGACAGCAGCCAGCUCAGGCCAUCCCUCAUCUCUGGCCUGCAGCAUCCCAUCCUGUGCCUGCACCUUCUCAAGGUUCUAUACUCCUGCUGCCUUGUCAGUGAGCACCUGUGCCGUCUUCUGGGGCAGGAGCCCCUGGCCUUGGAAUCCCUGUUUAUGUUGAUUCAGGGCAAGGUAAAAGUAGUAGAUUGGGAAGAGUCUACUGAAGUGACACUCUACUUCCUCUCCCUUCUUGUCUUUCGGCUCCAAAACCUGCCUUGUGGAAUGGAGAAGCUAGGCAGUGACGUUGCUACUCUCUUUACCCAUUCGCAUGUCGUCUCUCUUGUGAGUGCAGCAGCCUGUCUAUUGGGACAGCUUGGUCAGCAAGGGGUGACCUUUGACCUCCAGCCCAUGGAAUGGAUGGCUGCAGCCACACAUGCCUUGUCUGCCCCUGCAGAGGUUCGGUUGACUCCACCAGGUAGUUGUGGAUUCUAUGAUGGCCUCCUUAUCCUUCUGUUGCAGCUCCUCACUGAGCAGGGGAAGGCUAGCCUAAUCAGGGAUAUGUCCAGCUCAGAAAUGUGGACCGUUUUGUGGCACCGCUUCUCCAUGGUCCUGAGGCUCCCCGAGGAGGCAUCUGCACAGGAAGGGGAGCUUUCGCUAUCCAGUCCACCAAGCCCUGAGCCAGACUGGACACUGAUUUCUCCCCAGGGCAUGGCAGCCCUGCUGAGCCUGGCCAUGGCCACCUUUACCCAGGAGCCCCAGUUAUGCCUGAGCUGCCUGUCCCAGCAUGGAAGUAUCCUCAUGUCCAUCCUGAAGCAUCUGCUUUGCCCCAGCUUCCUGAAUCAACUGUGCCAGGCGCCUCAUGGGUCUGAGUUUCUCCCUGUCGUGGUGCUCUCUGUCUGCCAGCUCCUUUGCUUCCCCUUUGCGCUGGACAUGGAUGCUGACCUCCUUAUAGGUGUCUUGGCCGACCUCAGGGACUCAGAAGUUGCAGCCCAUCUGCUGCAGGUCUGCUGCUACCAUCUUCCAUUGAUGCAAGUGGAGCUGCCCAUCAGCCUCCUCACACGCCUGGCCCUCAUGGAUCCCACCUCUCUCAACCAAUUUGUGAACACAGUGUCUGCCUCCCCUAGAACCAUCGUCUCGUUUCUCUCAGUUGCCCUCCUGAGUGACCAGCCACUGCUGACCUCCGACCUUCUCUCUCUGCUGGCCCAUACCGCCAGGGUCCUGUCUCCCAGCCACUUGUCCUUUAUCCAAGAGCUUCUGGCUGGCUCUGAUGAAUCCUAUCGGCCCCUGCGCAGCCUCCUGGGCCACCCAGAGAAUUCUGUGCGGGCACACACUUAUAGGCUCCUGGGACACUUGCUUCAACACAGCAUGGCCCUGCGUGGGGCACUGCAGAGCCAGUCUGGACUGCUCAGCCUUCUGCUGCUUGGGCUUGGAGACAAGGAUCCUGUUGUGCGGUGCAGUGCCAGCUUUGCUGUGGGCAAUGCAGCCUACCAGGCUGGUCCUCUGGGACCUGCCCUGGCAGCUGCAGUGCCCAGUAUGACCCAGCUGCUUGGAGAUCCUCAAGCUGGUAUCCGGUGCAAUGUUGCAUCAGCUCUGGGCAACUUGGGACCUGAAGGUUUGGGAGAGGAGCUGUUACAGUGCGAAGUACCCCAGCGGCUCCUAGAAAUGGCAUGUGGAGACCCCCAGCCAAAUGUGAAGGAGGCUGCCCUCAUUGCCCUCCGGAGCCUGCAACAGGAGCCUGGCAUCCAUCAGGUACUGGUGUCCCUGGGUGCCAGUGAGAAACUAGCCUUGCUCUCUCUGGGGAAUCAGUCACUGCCACACAGCAGUCCUAGGCCUGCCUCUGCCAAACACUGCAGGAAACUCAUUCACCUCCUGAGGCCAGCCCAUAGCAUGUGAUUCCAGAUUCCUGCGGUCCAGCCUCCAACUUUGGUUGCCAGCUCUUUCUUAUUCUACUACACAAGCCGCCAACUCAACUGAGAGCUAAAGAGACUAGAAAAGAGAUAAGCUGCCAACUCAACUGAGAAUAAGAAACUAGAAGAGAUUUAUAUAUAAAGCUUCUUCCUUCUCCCAGAUGCAGGAUGUUUUCAACCAGUAAAUUUUAUUGCUGUUGGUGCCAGAGAAGAGUCCUUUCUUCUCUACAUCCAGGGGCCUUUUCUCCAAUAAUGUGCCUUUAACUCUAGGGACCUGCCUCACGGACCUUAGGCAAAAACCUCAACCUGAAAGAUCUCUUCCUUUCUGGAGCUCCUUUAAUCUCCCCAGCAGGUUUUUGCCUUAGACGUGCUGGCCCCAGGACAGUGAUGAAGACAGAGCCUGUCUCAGCUCUAGGCUGUGGGGAUCAGUGCCAUCAGUCCCUGUUAUUGAGGGAUUCUCCCUUAGCCAACAUUCCUAUCUGUGGGUGGGCGUGGAGAGUGUAUCUUUUUUUGGGGUGUGUGUGUAUAUGUAUGUGUAUAUGUGUGUGUGUAUGUGUGUGUGUGUUUAAUAGUUCUGUUUGUAAACUCUUUUAAUAAAAAUCGUGCUUUACCAUA